AAAAAGCUCGGGCUGAAUCUACCACUAGGAGGGGGGAAUAGCGACCGGAAUCCCGGACCCCUCCCUCGAGGCACCUGGGGCUUGGCCCCGACUCCCGGAACUGCCAUGUCGGAAAGGGCAGCUCUGAAUGUGGGCGGGGAGGGCGAAAGGGGACAGGGGUCUGGAACUGCCUCAGGCUGUAUUUCAGGCCGCAUAUAUCGAAUAGUUCAAACGACUGGACUGGAUGGGAAAAAUCUUCUGAAAUUGCUUCCAGUUUCUAAACCUUCAGGAAAUGUUGUAUCCUUGGCUCAGUCUCCAGUUAUAUCCGAUAAACUUAAAGGGAAUACCUCAGUUUCUGGUCGUGUUUCUCUGAAUGACCUGUUUGCAGACACGACUACAUCUUCAUUUUUAAACCCUGAACUUAAGAUGGCUAAUCCUGGAAAACUAAUUCUACCAAAGCCAUUGGUUCAAGUGGAAAAUGUGAAAGCAUCUCCUGCUAUAAAAGAGAACCCAACUAUACCAACCAUUUCUAGUACUCAGAAUAACUCUCUUCCAGCUGAUAGAUCAUCUUUGCAAAAGGAUACUGCCUUAGUUUCAUCGGACAAGAGCAAUGCAGCAUACGUAUUAGUAAAAACAAAUAAUCUUCCAGUGACUGUAAAGUCUCCAGUAUUUCCAUCUGGACAUCAUCUCCAAAUACCAGCUCAUGCAGAAGUGAAAUCUCUUCCAGCUUCUUCUCUGCCUCCAGCAAUUCAACAGAAGAUAUUGGCGGCAGCAACCACCUCAAAUGCCUCUGGGGCAUCUGAAGCUGCAAGACCACCGACUUUUAUUUAUGUUUCACCAGUAAAUACAGUGAAAACAGCAGCCUCAAAACCCUUACAAAAUAUAUGUCCAAAGCCUGUUGCAGAAGUUUCAAAAUCAUUACCACUGACAAUGGCACAAACAGCAGUCAAUAAUUCUGCCCCAGAUAUGAUGGUAAAAUCUGAUAGCCAAAAAACUCAGGCAGCUCCUAUGAAGUGGGUUGUCCAGGAAAACCCACAGUCAUCAGCACCUUGCCUUGUUCCAGUAAAGUCGUCAAAUAACAUGGCAUCAAAGAUCUUUAAAACUUUGGUUGAUAUGAAAAGUGUACAAAGCAACCCUGUCAAUGUUCUGCCUGCGAGUUUCAGUAACUUGAGUGGAAGCCAAGCAAAAAUAACAUCUAUUAAAGACAAUGCUUUGGUUAUGUACAAUGGGAAGGUCUAUCUGCUGACUAAAAAAGAGCCUAGCCUUGUGUCAGCACAAGAAGACACAUCUUCCAGUCCUCAAGCACAUUUUGGAAAACGCACACCACAAUUAAUUAGCUCAGUAGCCGAUAGUACAAUAACCAAUCAAGUUGUCAAUCUAGUGCUGUCAAAAAACAAAGGGAUUGAAUAUAAUGCAAAGGUUCCAAAGCCAUGUGAUAAUACGAGGCCUCACCUUCAGUCUGCAUGGAAUAAAAAAUAUCCACAUGCAAAUCUGCAAAUAAGUAGCACCAGUCAACAUGAGGCAAUAUCCACCUCGGAACCCAUUCCAGUUAGAAUGAGUAUUGAUCAAAAAACAGUUAUGAAGAGAGAUGCAAACCAUAAUAUCCUAGAUAAAAUUCUUGCUCUUAAAGCAGCUUCUGCUGUUUUAGAGCCAUCGGCAACACAUAGUGUUUUCAGAGAAGAAGAGCAAAAGAUUGUGAAGAUGAACUUGGGACUGGCUAGUCUUAUCACACAUAGGAAAGAGCAACAAAGAAAAAAAUAUCUUGAACUGAGAAAGAAAUUUGGUCUCUCUAAAGAGGAGAGAGUAUACCUGAGGAAAAUUCCUCCAUCAGUUUCUCCUACAACAUCAGAAGCAACUGAGUGUUCCAGCAAUGUACAAAUAAGUGACACUUGCAAAUUGCUGCCAACACCUAUAAAACCAAAUCCUGAAGAAGAGGAAAAGAUAACUGGGCAACAGGAAGAAGAACUGAACCUAAAGAAGAAGGCAGAAAGGCCACUGGUACCUGAAAGCACAAAGAGGAGGAAAACAGGAGUCAGUUCUCUGCAGGACUCGAGCUUGGAAUGUAUUGACUCUUAUCCUGUAAUGGAUAACCCAGGUAGCCCUUGCAGACAAGUUGAAUCACAGCAAGAAAAUCCUACAAGCUCUGUGCAGUUUUCUCAGUUGGAGGAUUCUGACCCAAUUCCCAAUGAAGAGGACAACCCACUGAAUCCUGUUCCACACUGUUGCAAAAAUGAGACCUCCCUUAGUGAAGGGUCUUUCAAAGAAGAUUUUUUUCCAUUCAGCCCUCCAGACUUGGAUGAAAUAAUAAGAGACGAAAAAAUAACAAGGCUUAAACUUCUGCUGAGUGAACAGAAUGCAGUAGUAGAAGAGAUUCGUAAAAAAAAGCAGCAGACUUCAUAAACCUAAUCCUUAUCCAACCCAAGAUUCUACUCCAGGCUGUUCACUUCAGUGACCUUACUAAAAAGGUUACCUGUUAUGUUUAAAGUGAAGGAAAAUACUCUUAAUUUUUUGAUGUUUGUGCCGUUAAUGAGUGCAAAUAUAAAUAUAUGAAUCCCAGUGCUGUAGAAUGUGUCAGUCUAGGUCAGAUCUUAGUAGAAAUGUAUAAUGUGCAGAAAAUUCUAGGUAGCAUCCAAAGCUUUGGUGGAGUGGUGCUCCAUUAUCAGAAGCUCCUUCUGCUUGAGAAUUGCACUGAUGUAAGAUCCCUUAUGCUUGCAGGAGGACCCCUUGUGUGAAUGCAGAUGUCUUUCUGCUAAUGGAAGGCACUUCUAAUGUACUGUUCUGCCAAAGGUUUGGAUGCCAAUACUAUUUUGUUCUGUAUGUUCUCUCAUUUUUAUAAUGAAUACAAUUAUAUUCUUGCUGGUCUCAAAGCCAGGCUCUUAUAACAAAAUGAAAAUAAGAUUUUUUUAAACUGUAAGUACAACUUGCUUGAUAUUGAAACAAAUUUACUAGCAUACAUUUCAUCUAGAAAUAUUUACCUGGUUGGUAUUUUAACUAUUAUUUGAAUAGACUAAUUCUAUUUCAAGAAAGGAAUGAAAAUGGAGCAAAAGUGUAGCAUUUCUGUCAGUGAUAAAGUUUAUUACUGUAUUUCUUCAAACUUGCUGUAUAAUUAGUACAGUACUGUUUUAAAAUGUCAAAUUUUGUAAAUGUUUAACUUUUGUUUUCUAAAGAAUAGAUUUAUAGUAAUUUCAUUUUGGUUGCAUAAUGUGAUUUUUAGGCUAAAUAUAAAUUUAUACACAACCCAAAUGUUUUUAUUACUAUUUUCUUGGAUCAGUUUUACUCCUCAGCUCUUUUUUAAAGUAUCAGGUGUAUUUCUGUUUUCUCUAAUGAAUAUAUACAACUAGGAAUUCUUCAUGUCUCAUUCCCAUAAAACGGAUUACUUUAGUGUAUGUCUCUGGUUCUAGCUUGGUAUAUUAUCACGCUGGAAUAUAUUUGUGAAUGAAAACUAGUUCACAGAUAGAUUGUAAACUUCUGCCACAAUGUUUUUGACAGUGUUUCUGAAAUUUUUUUACAACAAAAAUAACCACAAUAUUGCACAGAAUAUACAUGCAGUUCCUAAUCUGAUGUACUCUUCCAGUUCUUUUAAAUUAAGAUAGUGGUCUGCUUCAGACGUAACAGCAAGAAUGAGUCUGGGAAUGCCACAGGCCCAUACACCCCCUGCACCUUUUGGGCAUGAAAGGAGGAAAGGGAAAGCUUUUCCUUUCAGUCUGAAGUCAAUCACAGUUCAGAAUAUCAUACUAACUCUAAACUAACUCUAAACUGUGGUUUACUUGAAAACUGUAGUUAGACAAAACAAAACUCAGUUUUGAGUUUGUAUAGAAUGUGGAACAGGUUACUUGAAACAGAAAGCAAAAGCUUUCCCUCACCUUCCUCCUCACACACAUGAAAAGGGAACAGAGUGGGACAGCAAGUGUGUAAGCCCACAGCAACAAACUGCAUUAUUUUGUAGGAUAUCUUGCAAAACAGAACCUUUUUAUAUUUUCUCCUUUAGUUGUGGAGCCACUCUGUGUGAGAUCCAGUCAUACUGGCAGUACCAUAAUUGUUGAACUAUCCAUGGAAAACAGUUCCUAAUUCUUUCCUGCCUUGGUUGAUACAGUUUAUGCUAAUAGAAUUCUUGUGUGGGAUAUGGAAGCAUCUCCAAAAUUAAAUUGAUUGGGACUAGUGUCCAGUAUAAAAUCUGGAACAUGCUUAUUCCAGGUUUUUCUUCUGCUGUGUAAAGAGGCUGAAUAACACUUCUCAGUCUACAAACACAGAGUUGAGGGAGAAGUGCAAGAAAAAAGAAUUGUCAGUAUUGUGCGGAAAUGGCUGCGUGGUAUAAGGUAGCAAAAAGAUUUGUUACAGAAAGGACAAGAUGGUAAAUUUGAGGGAAGAGUGAAUCCAUUUACUCUUAAAGAAGGCCUAUAAAUGAAGAGUUUAUCAGCAGCUAGUAGCACUGGAGCGAGAACCUGUUAAUGUGCUGAAUGUGAGAAAACUUCAGUUGAAGCUCAGGGUUAAUGUCACUCCAGAAACCUAAUAUAACAAAAAGUAAUGAGUGAGACUCAUUACAUUUGAUUUUGCAUUUUGUAAGAUGAAAUGGAAGCCCUAUUUUUUUGCUGCUCUUAAAGGACACUUCAAAGAGGGAUGCCCUUUGAUGGCAUUUAUUAGUAGUAAUCAAAGCACCUGCACCCCCAAACAUACUGAGUGGGUAGGCUGGGGGCAGUGUUGCACAACAUUAUCUAUAACUAUCUGGUGACAGUAUUGAAAAUCUUGCUUUUCUUGCAUUUGUAUCCAGACUGCUUUGUAAUAAAAAUGUACAAUCUUG